AUGUCUGGAAUCAAGACUAGAAAUUCAACAAAUAAAAGGACCAAACGUGGAUUUAAGACCGGGAUUGCAACAAAAACGAAGCCUUUCUUGUCACUUCUUUUGCUGUUCUUCUUGGCUUCUUUUGCUAAUCUAACCCACGCGGGACCACCCAGACCUGCCCGCCCCCCUUUGCUGUCUGGACAACCCUUUAUCGUCUUCUGGGGGAUCAAAGACUCCUCUUGCGCCAACCGUCCUGACUUCAGAUCAUUUGGGAUAGAGCCAGAGGGCCGAGUAGCGGUUUUCUACGAGGACACGUUGGGGAACUAUCCUUAUUUUGUGGAUAAGGACAACGCGGUAAACGGGGGACUACCACAGCACACCAAACUGGACCUCCACAUCCGGAAGACACAGGGGGACGUGGAGACAGCCCUGCCCGCCCCGAGGUACCUGGGUCUGGGGGUGGUGCGCUGGCAGGAGUGGGCCCCGCAGUGGAGCAGGAGAGGAGGUAAACAGGGGCUGUACCAGAACGCCACCAAGAAGCAGCUCCGGAGGUUCUUCCCAGAUUGGACGAAGCAGGAGCUGGAGAGGUGGUCCAAGGUGGACUUUGAGGCUGCCGCUCAGUCUGUAAUUACAGAAACUCUGAGGGAGGUGCAAAGGUCACGCCCCAAAGCAUUGUGGGGGAUGUGUCCGUACCCCAGCUGUUCUAAUGGUUCUCCAGCUCAGACGGCGCUGUCCAACUACACGGGGGAGUGUCCAGAAGAGGAGAGGAGCCUGAACGACCAGCUGCUGUGGCUGUGGAGGAGGAGCAACGCCAUCUACCCUCUGCUCACCCUGGAGAAGAUACAGGGCGAGACUAGAGGAGCCGCUCUGUUUCUGUCCAAUCUGAUUCGAGAAGCUCUCAGAGUGGCGUCUUUAGGAGGAAGUUCAGAGGACCUGCCGGUGUUCCCACUGGUCCGAAGUGUCUACACCUCCACCAACACUUUCCUAUCUCUGAGUGACUUGGUGACAACCAUUGGAGAAAGUGCUGCUCUGGGAACAGCUGGGAUCGUCAUCUGGGACAAGACUGAGCCAAAGACUGAAAGAGAGUGUGAGGAUCUGAGUCUCUUCACCUCCUCGGUGCUCGGUCCUUACGUGUCCAACGUGACGGCCGCCUCCAGACUGUGCUCGGCCUCCCUGUGUCAGAACAGAGGCAGGUGCGUGAGACUGGAGCAGGACCAGCCCACCUACCUGCACCUGCCAUCAAACAGCCCGGACUCGGCGGACAGGGUAAAGAGGAGCGCGCACAAACUCACCUCUGAUGAAGCCACAGACCAGCCUGACCCCUCCCUCAGACCCGACCCAGACCCUGCAGAGCUGUGGAAAAGGGACUUUCAGUGUCAGUGGUUCUCCUCCUCUGACCGGGACGUGUCAGACCAACAGACGCCCAAAGACGGUGCUCCUUCUGUGGGCAAGAGAGAGGACAGCGUGGGGCAGGGGCUGGAUGUGCUGCCUACUGUUUCAGAUGGGAUAGCCACAACUACGGGUGCCUACGGGGCUCAGAAUGGGGACAAUGGAGGAAGUAAGUCGAGAGCGGACAUGCAGAUAGAUCUGUCUCUCAGAUUCAAACUGGUGUGA